AUGGUCCACAUAACGAUAGUAUCUGAGUUCUGUUCAACAGAGAAAACCUUUUCAGAUGCAAUUGAAUUAGGUGACUUAUGUAAUAAGCUGUAUCCAAUCACGGGCAUCGAGGUUAAUGAUAUGAGGUUUGUACUCAAAUUUGCCGAUGGAUCAGAACAGGUAAUUUCCAAUCCGAUGGUUGCUGCACACAAACAACCGUUCUUAGCUGAAAAAAGUGUCAGGGAACUUACUGUAGAGGACACAAAUGCUGAUUCUAUAGUAAAUGAAUUGAAAAACACAGAUAGCGGUAGUUCAUCGUUCGAACUUACGGAAGAAGAAUACGCCAAAAAGAACGAUUCAGUAUUACGGUGGAAAAAACAACAAAAGCUAGGCAGAUUUAACUCUGAAUAUAAAGCUAAGAUGGAUAAAGAUAGACGUUUACAGGAACAGAAGCUGAACUCUUUGGAGAUCAACCAAAGAUGUUCAGUCAAAUCUGCUGACCAACCGGAGAGAAGAGGCUGGCUACGGUUUAUAGGCAAGAUCGCUACGAUUAAUGAGGAACAGAUUUGGUGUGGAAUUGAAUUCGAUGAACCAUUAGGUAAAAAUAAUGGUACUGUGAAAGGUCAUGUGUAUUUUGGUCCCGUAAAGGAUAAAUAUGGAGCCUUUGUGAAACCCAGUGCUGUUGAAACCGGCUCACAAUUCACUCCAUUUGAAUUAGAAGAUUCUGACGAUGAUGAGCUUUGA